AUGUCUCAGGGCGUAGACUGCUCUGUGUCUCCAAGCAGAGACCACAGAGACCACAGAAGGCAUCUCUCAGUCCUCGGUGCCACUGUGGUGCACAUCCCUGUCUGCUUUCGGGAGACACGAUGCUGCCUCUGCUGCGCUGCGUGCCCCGCGUGCUGGGCUCCGUGCGGCUGCGGUGCUUUGCACACCGAAGGAGACAAAGCUUUUGUUGAAUUUCUGAAUGAUGAAAUCAAGGAGGAGAAGAAAAUCCAGAAGCAUAAGUCCCUCCCCAAGAUGUCUGGAGGUUGGGAGCUGGAAGUGAAUGGGACAGAAGCUAAAUUGGUACGGAAAGUUGCAGGGGAAAAGAUCACUGUCACUUUCAACAUUAACAAUAGCAUCCCACCAACAUUUGAUGCUGAGGAGGAGCCCUCACAAGGGCAGAAAGUUCAAGAACAGGAGCCUGAAUUGACAUCAACUCCCAAUUUUGUGGUUGAAGUUAUAAAGAAUGAUGGCAAGAAAGCCCUUGUGCUGGACUGUCACUAUCCAGAGGACGAGGUUGGACAAGAAGAGGAGGCUGAAAGUGACAUUUUCUCCAUCAGGGAAGUUAGCUUCCAAACCAGUGGCGAGUCUGAAUGGAAGGACACUAAUUAUACACUCAACACAGAUUCCCUGGACUGGGCUUUGUACGACCACCUAAUGGAUUUCCUUGCGGACCGAGGAGUAGACAAUACUUUUGCAGAUGAGUUGGUGGAACUCAGCACGGCCCUAGAGCACCAAGAGUAUAUUACUUUUCUUGAAGAUCUCAAAAGUUUUGUUAAGAGCCAGUAAAGCAGAGACACUGAAAGCCUCAAUUUAUGGCAGGCUUCAGCCAGUGAACAAAACCUACUCUGAUGCCAGACGCGUGCUUUGAAGUUACUAAAUAUCAUGGGAAGAAAGAGCAAAUUUAAAUUAUUUCCUGCUGCAUUCUUAUUUACAAUUCAUUUGUUUUUCUGUAUAAAUCUAUUAUUUCUAGAUUUUUGUAUGACAAUGAUGGACAAUAAAAUUGGUUUAUCUCCUCCAA